UAUACCACAUUUGGCUUGAAUUACAGGUGUUGUUGACAUUCAUUGGCUUUGCAUUACAUUUAGUGUCUGUUAUUGUGAUUACAAUUGAAUUGUAUUUCAUUUAAAUCCAUUUCCAAAACACAUUCAACACUAAACACAUUAUGGCCAACUACAGCGAGGAUCAGAUAAUGGAAUUUCAAGAGGCGUUCUCUCUGUUCGACAACAGAGGCGACGGCAAGAUCUCAGUCUCGCAGUUGGGAGACGUGUUGCGGGCGUUGGGACAGAACCCCACCGAAGGCGAGGUCAAGAAGUGCUCCAAUCAGUUGAAACCCGAUGAACGAAUCGGUUUCGAAGUGUUUCUACCGAUACUGCAGACCAUAUCGAAGAACAGGUCCACCGAUACGGCCGAAGACUUCAUCGAAGGUCUGCGCCAUUUCGACAAAGACGGCUCCGGGUAUAUCAGUUCCGCCGAAUUGCGACACCUGUUGACCACUUUGGGCGAGAAGUUGACCGACGAUGAAGUGGAACAGCUGUUGGCGGGUCAGGAGGACUCUCAGGGCAAUGUCCACUACGAGGACUUCGUGCGCCUCGUUAUGAGCGGAAAUGUUUACCACUGCAAACCUAUGGCCGGUAUCACCCGUUUUGGUGGUGAUUAUUACCAUCGCUUGAAAGACAAUUAG